AGUGUUCCGUAUUAUUCUCUAAAAGCUCAGUAAAAUGUCAUCGUCAAAACCAGCGCUUCAAUAAUUAAUUCUGAAAUAAGUCGUCCAUCUGGACGACGAGUAAUGUAGUAUUUACAAUAACAUGACUUUGUUAAAACGAACAGAUUUAGUUUUAUCGCUGCCAACGCGCAGAUGAAGAUCAGCUGUUGGAGGAAGUGAUGCAGGAAAAUGCCCAUAAUGUAGCUACACUCAAUGACUAAAAGGGGGAAGCACAAAGAAACUGGCUGGUGUAGUCCGAGGUGGUCUUUUAACUGUCUUCAAAGAACGAACACAAUUCAAGAUGGAUUCAAAAGCACACUCUGGUGUGCUAGCUUUUUGCUAGUUGAUUUUAUUCUAAAAGCGACGGAGAAUGCGAUAUUGAUGUGGAAGUUUUUUUUUGUCAGCUGCCAGCUAGUUAGCUAGCUAUCUGAGUUAACGCGACGAGUUUGCCUCAGUUCGCUUCUGCUCGUAAACGCUACCUUGGUCAACUUACGAACAACUUAAUUUGUACUGGCAUUCCUGGAGCGAUGUACAUCCAGUUCAACACAGUAGAAUUUUCCAAAAAGCAUUGUGGAUGUCAAGGUCACAAUGAUGGAGCCGAAUAGAAAGACACUUUGAUCUGUGGCCAGUGCCAUCUGAGGGACUGUCUGAGAAGAUGUGAGUUUCUACAGUGAUGUUACCGCUCCCUACAUCUUUUUCCAAGAAUGCAAGAAAGGAGCUCACAUGCUCAGAACCUUUGGUGACAACAAGGAAAACAUAUCAAAGGUUUUUAAGUCUAGCAGUGCAAGACCUGGAUUGUAGCAGAUUUGGCACAGGCCUGAGGGUAUGUUGAGGUGUCUUGCCAGGCCAGAGCAGAGGUGUGUAGGUGGUUCGGACGGGGACUGAAGGCGAGGAGGAAAGACAGACGAGGGACCGCGGAGGAAGACAUGGGCCAGUGUGUCACCAAGUGUAAGAAUCCGACGUCCUCACUCGGCAGUAAGAGUGGAGAUAAGGAGAGCAGCUCCAAGUCCCACCAUAAGAAAGGUGGCAGUGGUGGUGGGAGCCACAAAGAAGAGCCCAGUGCCCCAUGUAGCAAAGCCACCAGCGAGCUGUCGAAUGGCACCAAGGCCUUGGAAGUUACAGUGGAGACGCCUGUCAUACCCGCAGUGAUGGGGGAACCACGCAAGGAUGAGUUUCUGGAUGGAGACGGGCUGUCAAUGCUGCGCAUCGAGGAGUUGUUCUGCUGCUACAAGGAUGAACAGGAAGAUGCCAUCCUGGAGGAAGGCAUGGAGAUGUUUUGCAAUGACCUGUGCGUGGACCCAGCAGAGUUUCGUGUGCUUGUUCUUGCCUGGAAGUUUCAAGCAGCCACCAUGUGCAAGUUUACAAGGAAGGAGUUUGUUGAGGGUUGCAAGGCCAUCCAGGCAGACAGCCUCAAAGGCAUCUGCUCACGCUUCCCAUGCAUGCUGCUGGAUGCCCAGGGCGAGGAGAACUUCAAGGACCUGUAUCGCUUCACCUUCCAAUUUGGCCUGGACGCUGAGGAGGGCCAACGCUCUCUGCAGCGCGAUAUAGCCAUUGCCCUGUGGCGCCUGGUUUUCACACAGGACACACCUGCAAUCCUGGAGCACUGGCUGGACUUCCUAGCGGAGAACCCCUCAGGUAUUCGGGGCAUCUCAAGGGACACGUGGAACAUGUUCCUCAACUUCACCCAGGCCAUUGGGCCUGACCUGAGCAACUACAGUGAGGACGAGGCCUGGCCCAGCCUCUUUGACACCUUUGUGGAGUGGGAGUUGGAGCGCAGGAAAAAAGAGGAAGAACGGGCGCUGAUGGCAAAGGAGGAAGAGGGGAGGUGUACUGAGACAGAGUGUUCUCCUACCACAGAUAGACUUGAAACAGAGGGAAGCCGGGGCUCACAGACGUGGGGGGGCCACUGACCAGGAAACAAGAAAUAUUUGUAAGGGAGGGAAGGAUAUGACCUAUAAGUGAACUGUACAUCUGUGAAUCAUUGGAUGAAUAUUAGUAUUACCAAUACAGCUGUUCAUUUCGCUCUCCUAUUCUGUUGGGGUGGGAUUCCUGCUUUGCAACUUUUUUUGGUUUUUGAAAGGGCUCUAAGAACUGUUAUGUUUUAAGCACUUCUAUUUAAGUUAUUGUUUUACUUUUUUCUCCUCCCAUGUGUGUUUUUAGUAAUUGGACAUGUGGUCCAUUUUAACCUACACCUACCUACCAUAACCCAGCACAGUAAGUAAAAGCUUGGUUUCAAAAGCAGAAAGCCAUAAACCUUUCCACCAAUUAUCAUCUAGACAGUUAAUUUUGACCUGGUAACACUGCUGAUAUGUUUUGUACAAAGAAAUAGUUAAUAAUAAAUAAGAAGGGAAAUUUGGGGCAUCCUGUCUACAAAUAAUUUCUUACUACCAAAACAUGAGAUUUAUCAUAAGGGUCGGGGUUGGUGAAAUCAUCACGAUUGGACUAAUUUUGUUAGAUUGUAUGCUUUUAUCUUGCAGUGCUGUGAAGAUUAAUUGGUUGCACUUGUAUUGCCUUCACACCUGUUGGCCUGCAAUUACAUGGCAAACUAAUAAAUUACAAUUGUGUCACAAGGGCAUUUUAUUUUUGAAAAUAAUACAAAUGACAUUGAAAUUUAUAUCCUUCAUUCAGGAAAGUUGCAAUAUCCAUUUCAAAUUCAAGUUGAAUACUAUAGUAACUGACCCAUCCUCUCUCCUGUGUUGAGUGUUUCUGAGUGCUACUAGUGCAGUGAGCAGCUUAGCUUGUUUAAGCAGCUGGCUGUGCUCCCUUUUGACCUCUAGCAACAUUUUGAUGUCCACUUAUUUUUAAGAAGCAGUUAAGUGUAUACACCACAAUGAUGCUGGCUCUUCUCAGAUGCCUCGUUGAUCUCAUUUUAGGAAGUCUGUGACAAACGGGCUAAAGCUAGGUCUUGGUCAUUUCUGGACAGAAGAUGCUCAAACCUGAGUUACAUUCAUGAGCAUAACACUGGGCGCCACACAAAGCUUAUAUUGUUUACCUUCAGGAGUUUAAGAGUCUUCACAUCCUUGAACUGCUAUACAAAAAAAAUUGUGUGCACAUUUCACAAGUAAUUUUGAAUGCUGCUGGUGAUGGAUGUUAGGAUUGCACAAAAACCAAUGGCAUACUAAGUCGCUAUACUUGCAACGCUUUGCAGAAAGAUCGAUGUCAACCACAUUAUUUCCAUUUUAAACCUUUUCCAAACUGUAGAGUGAUCUUAAGUAUAGCCUAGGGUGUUGUAGGAUGAGUGAGUGAGUGUUAACUAGACAUGCUGGCUAAUCAAGUGUCUGUGAUAUGGGUCCAGUGUGGUAAGAGGCUUGCCAUAACCAGAUCUGUUUGGUUUACAUCUACAAUGGUUUUAUUUCAGACCCCCUUUGUUCUUUUUUUUUUUUUAUAUAAAAUGUAUUGAUUUAUAAUAAUAAAAACAGUGUUGAACUUUUGACUGAU